UGUGAAUGCACAUGUUUUGUUCAUAUAUUCCGACCCAUGAACGCUUUGUGUUUGUGGAGGUACUGGAGGAGAACUCUGGGCCUGCAGGUACGUUAUGCAGACUGUGGAGGUUAUCGCUUCUGUUAUUCGCACAGGGGGAAACCAGGCCUCAGGCCCUCUAUACUCAUGCUGCACGACUUCUCUGCUCAUAAGGACACAUGGCUCCCCAUGGUCAAGUACCUUCCCAAACAUCUGCACCUACUGUGCGUCGACAUGCCAGGGCAUGAGGGUACAACACGUACCAGCACGGAUGACUAUUCAGUCCAGGGCCAGGUCAAGAGAAUACGGCAGUUUGUAGAGGCCAUUCGACUAAACAGAAAGCCGUUCCACAUGGUGGGGACUUCAAUGGGUGGCACUGUGGCAGGAGUGUAUGCAGCCUGCCAUCCCUCAGAUCUCUACAGUUUGACCCUCAUCUGCCCAGUCGGUCUGAAGAACCAAAGCGAGAGCAAGUUUGACAGUCAGAUGCAUGAUGUGGAGCACAGCCAGUACACACUGAAUAUUCCUCUUAUCCCAUCCACCCCGGAGGAGAUGGAGGAGAUGCUGAAGCUCUGUUCUCACGUGCGCUUCAGAGUGCCUCAACAGAUUCUUCAAGGCCUGGUGGAUGUACGGAUCCCACACAAUGACUUUUAUCAUGAGGUUUUCAUGGAAAUUAUGAGUGAAAAUUCAAAAUAUGCUUUGCAUGAGCAUAUGCAGCAAAUAACUACACCUUUACAAGUCAUCUGGGGCAAACAGGACCAGGUAGUGGAUGUGUCUGGCGCAGCGGUGCUUGCCGAGGCUCUUCCACACUGCCGUGUUGAUCUGCUGGAGAACUGCGGUCAUUCUGUGGCCAUGGAGCGACCGCGACAAACAGCCAAACUCAUUUUAGAUUUCAUCAUCUCUCAGCAGAGCAAAGAGAGCGCCAGCACGAAGAAAAAAUCCUGAGACUGCUCUGCUAUCAGUUGUUUUGAUUCAUACUUAAAUGCACCGUAGUAGGCCUAUAUAACAAACUUAGGGAGAAAUAAUAUUAAUAAUAAUAAUUUUGCAGUGUUUUUCAGUUUGACUGAUUAAAAGAGAUCACGCUUUAUAAAAAGUAUGGUAACACUUUACAAUAAGACUUUAUUUGCUAACAUUAGUUAAUAUGAACUAACUAUGAGUACAUGUAUUGGUCUUAAUGUCAAUUGCAACAUUUUUCUAUAUAUAUAUAUAUAUAUAUAUAUAUGUAUGUAUAUAUAUUUUUUCAUUUGUUGGCAUUAAUGUGCUAUGAGAACUUAACAUGAACAAUAUUAAGGUUAAUUUUACAAAGAUUUACAAAUUAUGUAAAAAAUAUUGCACAUUGUUCAUGGUAAUGCAUUAACUAAUAUUAAAGUCGGCAUGAAAUGGAAGUUGCAAUUUCUUCCCUGUUGUGAUGUAGGCUAUGUCCCGCCGGUGAAACGACUUCUAGAACAAGAAAAAAUGUAGGGUGGGACUUGAUUUUGCACUUGCACUUUUGACCCUGUUGCAAAGUGCUCCAGUAUAUUACUGUAAUGUUAUGGUAUCAGAUGGUAAUACCGUUUAUACCAUGGAACUGAUUGUGUACCAAGGCUCUAAAUGGAAUACUCUCAUUUGCAUUCAGGUUCUUUGCAGAUCUGGGAUUAACAGGCUUAAAAAAUAAAAUAUGUGUAUCAAGGUUAUUUUCG